AUGCGCCUUCUCAACAUUCAUUCAACAUGGAAGACUCUACUAUGGGGACAGACUAUCUUCAACUUCGCCCCGGAAUCCCUCGGAGCUGACUCCGGCACAACCAGCACACCGAUACCAAAACCUCGAAGCUAUGCUCCCGAAAAGAUUGCUUGCCCUGCAAACCUUUCCGUGCUAACUUCAUCCACAUACCCAUGGCCCGCAAGUUCAGCGGAGCAAGCUUAUGUCUCAUCCAAGACUGCCCAAUCCCUCAAAACAUGGGAAGACUAUUUAUCAAGAGUCAAUCUGACCGACUUUAAUGUGCAAGACUUUUUGAAAAACUCGACGCGCGAUGGCUUAGUUGCUGGCCGAAAUCUACCAAACAUAGCGUUCAGUCUAUCGGGAGGUGGAAAUCGAGCACUCCUCUAUGCAGCCUCGAUUAUGGAUGCCUUUGAUGCCAGAAAUCCUCAAGCCACCCAAGCCCGUACAGGUGGUGUACUCCAGCUGGCUAAUUUUGCCUCAGGAUUAUCCGCCUCUUCUUGGUUUCUUGCAAGUUGGGCGAAUGCUGACUUUAUUAGAUUCCCUGAACUGGCGGAGAAUGAGUGGCAUUCGGCAUUCACACAUGGCUACUUCAGCUGGAGACGUUUGAAACAUUAUCCCCACCAUUAUCACGAUCUCAGGGAAAAGAAAAAGGCCGGAUUCCGCGUCAGUGUGGUUGAUAUAUGGGGAAGGAUACUUUCAAAAAAUUUCUUAAAUGAUCCGCACGUUGGAAGUAGAUUAGCAUUAUCAUCACUGCGAUAUAAAUCUCAAUACGUCAACCAAACAUUUCCUUUUCCAAUCCUAGUCUCAACCUCCAGAAAGAAAGAAGGGGCUGAUCUUGAUUUAGACAGUCCAAUAUAUGAAUUCACGCCUGAAGACAUCAAUGUAUGGCAUCCUACCUUGAAUGCGACUUUUCCAAUGGCUUAUCUUGGCUCAAAGACGGGUCCAGUCACGAGUAAAGCAACGGAGUGCGUCAUUGGUUUUGAUAAUCUUGGAUUUUUGAUGGGAGCUUCCAGUAACAUUUUUAGCUAUCAAGACAGGAAAAAAAAUAACAAAUCAAUAAUGGCUGGCCUGGCAAGUAUGUUUGUCAAAGGAAGGUUUUACGAGGCUUUGGUUCCCAACCCGUUCAUGGGCCAAGGUAGGGGUCCUACUCCUGGAAGUGGCUUCCCCGAUGGAGAAAGAGAUGAACUCCUCCUGGCUGAUGGCGCGAUGGCACAAGAGUCGAUGCCCUUGUUCCCGCUUUUGCAACCAUCAAGGAUGGUCGAUGUGAUCAUCGCCGUCGACUCAUCAGUCGACGGAAGAGCAUUUGACAAUCCAAAGCAGAAAGGAUAUCCCAACGGCACAGCAUUGUAUCGGACUAGCAUGAAGUUGAAACAGGAUGGCUAUCGGGGAUAUAAGUUUCCGGAGGUUCCAGAAACAUCGUCGAACACCGAUCAAACUAUAAUCAAGGGUCAUCCCUCCGAUGUGGUGUUUCAUUGGUCAGCUUGGUGCUUCGUCGAUGUCCAUCACACCGCCACCGGCCGGGUGCUACUCUAUGUGCUUAUCUUCCACUCCUCCCAGGCAUUGCUGGGAGCUGGCUCCGGAACCCCCAGCGCACCGGUCCCUGCGCCUCGAAGUUACGCUCCCGAAAAGGUUGCCUGCCCUGCGAACCUGUCCGUGUCGACUUCCUCCGCAUAUCCCUGGCCGACAAGCUCCACUGAGCAAGCUUAUGUCUCGUCCAAAACCGCCAAAUCCCUCAAAGCUUGGGACGAAUAUUUAUCAAGGGUCAAUCUGUGCGACUUUAAUGUGCAAGGGUUUUUGAAAAACUCGACGCGCGAUGGCUUAGUUGCCGGUCGAAAUCUACCCAACAUAGCAUUCAGUCUAUCGGGAGGUGGAAAUAGAGCACUCCUCUAUGCAGCCUCGAUUAUGGAUGCCUUGGAUGCAAGGAAUCCUCGAGCCAACCAAGCCCGGACAGGCGGUGUACUCCAGUUGGCCAAUUUCGCCUCAGGAUUAUCCGCUUCUUCCUGGCUUCUUGCCAGUUGGGCGAAUGCCGACUUCAUUAGAUUUCCUGAGAUGGCCGAGAUAGAGUGGCAUUCGGCCUUCACACACGGCUACUUCAGCUGGAAACGUCUGAAACAUUAUCCGCACCAUUAUCAUGACCUCAGGAAAAAGAAAAAGGCCGGAUUCCAUGUUAGUGUGGUUGAUAUAUGGGGAAGAUUGUUAUCAAAAAAUUUCUUAAAUGACCCACAUGUUGGGAGAAGAUUAACCCUGUCAUCAAUGCAAUACAAGCCUGAAUACAUCAACCAAACGUUCCCCUUUCCAAUCUUGAUCUCAACCUCAAGAAAGCAAGAAGGAGCUGAUCUUGAUUUGGACAGCCCAAUAUAUGAAUUCACGCCUGCAGACAUCAAUGUAUGGCAUCCCACCUUGAAUGCCACCUUUCCGAUGGCUUAUCUUGGCUCAAAGACGGGUGCAGUCACUAGUAAAGCAACAGAGUGUGUCACCGGUUUUGAUAACCUUGGAUUUCUGAUGGGAGCUUCCAGCAACAUCUUCAGCUAUCAAGACGGGAAGAAAAUCAACCGAUCUUUAUUGGCUGGCCUUGCAAGCAUGUUUGUCAAGGGCCGAUUCUACGAGGCUUUGGUUCCCAACCCGUUCAUGGGCCAGGGCAGGGGCCCGACCCCUGGAAGCGGCUUUCCGGAUGGAGAACGAGAUGAACUGCUCCUGGCCGACGGGGCGAUGGCGCAAGAGUCCAUGCCGCUGUUCCCGCUCUUGCAGCCGUCGAGAAUGGUCGAUGUGAUCAUCGCCGUCGACUCCUCAGUCGAUGGAAGAGCAUUUGACAAUCCGCAUCAGAAAGGAUAUCCCAACGGCACAGCAUUAUACCGGACUAGUAUGAAGUUGAAACAGGAUGGCUACAGGGGAUACAAGUUUCCAGAGGUUCCAGAGACGUAUCAACACUCGACCUUCACGGACCGGGGCUACCACAAACGGCCGACUUUCUUCGGUUGUGACAAGGAUGUUCCGCUGGUGGUGUAUAUUCCUAACCACUAUAUUACCCAUGACACCAGCCAAUCGACCAUGCAAGCCGUGUUCAAAAAAGAAGAGAUCGCAGGUUUCUUCGAGAACGGGUUCUACAUAGCCACCCAAACACACCCCUCCCGUAACGACACAGAAUGGCCCUCAUGCCUGGCAUGUGCCCUGAUUGACCACCAAAACACAAGAAAUGGGGUUCCAAGAACCCCCCAGUGUGCAUCCUGUUUCUCGAGCUAUUGCGCCACUGGCUUCUAA